AUGUCUGUUCGUGUGUGGAGGAACCCCUUCCAAAUGCGCGAGGAAACGGAACAGCCGUGGGUCAUGAAGACUAGUUGCAUAGUCGACUCGACGAUCUACACAUUGGGUGGUUGUCCUUGGAUUAGUCCAGAGGGAAUUCUUCAGUGCAUACAAAUACCAUCGUUAACGCCUCGUUGUCCACAUGAUCCAGACCCAGAACAUGACUUCAAAUCAGUACAAAUCAAAUACGAGACAGCAUGGUUAUUGACCAAUCCUAACCCGCUUCACGUCAGGAGUUGUGCUGCAGCUGCCGUCGGUUCUGAUAUUUUCUACUUCGGAGGAUUUCACCAACCGCAUGAAAACCUUACCUUCUGCAAUACCGUCUUCCAUCUUAAUCCAUGUACGCGGACCGUUUCUCAGGUCAACAUUCGCGGCAGUUCGCCGACACCAAAGUCUAACGUUGGUAUGUGUUCCAAUGUGAAAUGGAAUGAAUGCUAUGUGUUUGGUGGAGUUGGGGAGCGUCCCUCGCAAACUGAGGGCGUUCAAACCCCAGCAUCAUACCUGGAAACAGUACGCGGGUAUGUAAACAACGCAGUACAUGUGCUGGACACAGGAGAUCAUGCUAGUACUGGUAGCUGUACGUGGAGAGAGAUGCUAUACACUGGUGACGCACCAGACCCUAGAUAUGACUCUGCGUUCACCAAUCGCGGCAAGUUCGCAUACGUCUUUGGCGGAGCUUGCAAUUCGACUGAGGAAUUGAAAAAUGAUCUUCAUCGAUUAAAUUUAGAAUCGACGGAGUGGAGUGGUGCUUUGCCAGUGACGGGAGAACUGCCUGAAGAGCGAAGUUGUGCUUCUUUGGCCCCGAGCUCGACGUCCUUACUGGUCCUCUGUGGUGGUUCUUUUGACAAUGGAACGAGUUACCGCAAUGACAUUUCCAUCUUUCACACUGACUUACUAUGCUGGUAUCGUGUGAACACGUCGCACAUCCAGCCACCAUUGGAGGCAGGGUAUUAUCCUUACUCAUGCCAAGAUCCCAUUGGUGACGUCUAUUUUGUAGGUGGUCACAAGCCGUCCUACAAUACCGAUUUAGCAUCGACGAUCGUCAGAGUACGUACGGAACCGUCGUCCUUACAGAAUCUUGCUUUGCAGGUGUAUGCCGGCGUAGCGACUUCAGAAGACGUUCAAAGCUUGCGAGUCCUGUUUCGCAGCGUUUUGCGUAAGAUUCGAGCGCAGCCAUGCAGUAGCUGCAAUCCCCCUCACGCCUGGAAGUAG